AUGAGUGAUGAAUGUUUCCUCUCCACAGUAUGGCAGUUGGCUCUGACGGACUCACCGCCUACCAAAGGAAGAUGAAUUCUCAGGAGAAGUGCAACAACUUCAUGCGCCAGUUCAGGGAUGAUGAGUCACGGGAACUCAAGAAACUCACCGCCAACCAAUUCAUGGAAGUCUGGAGCCACUACGACGCCGACGGUAAUGGCUACAUUGAGGGCUCUGAACUGGAUGGCUUUCUCAAGGAGUUUGUUUCCUCUGUUAACGCUAACGAUGCUGGUCCAGAGGUUCGUGUCUGUCUGUCU